AUGAAGCUUGAACAUUACAACUGUGUUCUUGCGUUCUUCAUCGCUUUCCUCUUGCUAACAAUCAAUGGACUUCCCGUCCCUAGUCUUUCUAUCUUAUCCACAUCUGUCGAAGGUAGUAAUAAAUUGCCUGUUGAGG